AAGUAUUGGUCCGCAGAAGCUCCGUGGGCUCGUUGGGAAAGGCCAAGAACGACGCGGAACCGUCCCCACACUGGUUCCAGAUCGAACACAAUGUUAAUAGAAACCAGCAAGAUCCAGGCGGACGAACUCACGCCGAGAGAAAGCGACGCUUCCCCACCACCGCCAUCACUCCUCCGCCGCCGGCUCGUCUGUUUCUCUCUCCUAUUCCCCUCCUGCCACGAGCUCCUGCAUCCUCCACGAUUCCCGACGUUCUUCGCCCUUUCGGUUCAAUUCUUUCGACCUCUUUACCCAAUGUUUGGUCUCACUGAUUGGCAUUUUUUAAUGGCAUUAUCUUCAGGUUGGUCUCUUGCCUGACCACUCACGUAGGACACGCAGUCUGUCAUGUUAUUGAGGAGAAAAAAGGGUGAAGGAGAGGGAGACGAUAGACGAUCUCCAUAUGGACUCGUUUAGGAAAUCAUCCAAGUCGAACAACUCUCUGAGGCAUUUGGGGAGGGCAGAUAACACGGAGGAAGAGCCCAUUCUUUUGGACAUCGAGUACCGGUCUGCCAUGUCUCACGAUCAGGGCAUGGAGAAAGACGUCGUUGUUCUCAAUAUUGAUCGGAACUCCGGCAAUGCCAACGCCAUGCAGCGUCCCGGUGCUGCUGCUGCAACCGGUACCACAUGGAGGGAUUCCAGCGACGGUUUCUGGAACGAUCGUCGGUUGGACCGUGGCAGCGGUGGCGCCAACGCCAACAGUUUACAAGAUAGCACGGGGUUCGCCUUCCGGCCGCCUCCCGGGGAAGACGCGCCGUCCAAGUUGAUCGGACAAUUCCUCAACAAGCAGCGGGAUUCCGGCGAUGUGGCGCUGGACAUGGACUUGAACAUGAUGGACCUCGGUGGUGGUGCGGCGAAGGACGAGAGUGGCCGGCUCAAUCCUCCUCCGUCCGCACAGAAGCCGCCGACAUUGCGCAGGUAUUCUCCGGCGGCCUCCGUCCACAGCUCGAAGGAUCUUCAGGUUUCCUUCGAGAUCGAUUCCCGCACUUCCGACGAGGGCAUCCGCCGGAGGUCGGUGAGGAAGAAGGAUCCUGAUAGCAGCGACUCCGACUCCGACGAUGCAUUAUCGGAUGCAAAAGGCGGGGAGGUUCUGGGAUGCUCGUCAUUGGCGUCCAUGGGGGCGAAGCCGCCGUCGUUGCAGAGGAAGGGAAGCCUAUUGCGGACGAAGACGAAGUCGAGGCUGAUGGACCCUCCUCGGAUGAUGCAGCAACCGCACGCGAUGAAUCCAAGUCAUACCGGUUCUGUUGGCCAACAGGUCAAGAAAUCGGGAAUUCUGAAGUCGGGAAUGCUCGGUGGUGGCGGUGGGAAGGGGGCUGGCGUCGAGUUCGAGGAGGAGGAAGAUCCGUUCCUCGAUGAGGAUCUUCCGAACGAAUUGAAGCGUGAGAAUGUCGGAGCCAUCACCAUCGUUCAAUGGCUUGGAUUCUUCCUUAUUUUAGGUGUCUUCGUCGGAAGCCUCGGCAUCCCCUUCUUGAGCAGAACGACUGUUUGGGGCCUCCAUAUCUGGAAAUGGGCGCUCAUGGGGCUGGUUGUGUUUUGUGGUAGGCUUGUUUCUGGCUGGGGAAUCAGGAUAGUGGUCUUCUUCAUAGAGAGGAACUUCAUCCUGAGGAAGAGGCUGCUCUACUUCGUAUAUGGCUUGAGGAAGGCCGUCCAGGACUGUGUCUGGUUAGGGCUUGUUCUCAUCGCCUGGCAUUUCUUGUUUGAUAAGAAGGUGGAGAGGGAAACCAAGAACAAAGCUCUGUCGUACGUCACCAAAAUUUUGGUCUGCUUCUUGGUGGCUACACUCAUCUGGCUGGUGAAGACUCUGCUCGUUAAGGUCUUGGCUUCGUCCUUCCACGUCAGUGCUUACUUUGAUCGGAUUCAAGAUUCAUUGUUCAAUCAGUAUGUGAUCGAGACGCUUUCGGGGCCACCAUUGAUUGAGAUACAACAGACUCAGGAAGAGGAGGAGAAGGUGAUGGCUGAGGUGAGAAAGCUGGAGAACGCAGGCGCGAAGAUACCAAUCGACAUCAGGGCUGCCGCGAGAGGCAAUGUAGCGACUUUGAGUGGUAAGAGUGGUCGAGUGAACAGGAGCGGCGGCUUUGAGAGGAGUCCCUGUAUCGGAAAAAGCCACAGAACGUCGGGUGCUUUUUCGCGUCAGCAGGAAGGAGGAAUCACGAUCGACCAUCUUCAUAAGCUCAACCAGAAAAACGUCUCUGCCUGGAACAUGAAGAGACUGAUGAACAUCGUCAGGCGUGGUGUACUAACUACUUUGGAUGAAUCGAUACAUGGGGCUGGAACCGAAGAUGAGCACACAAUGCAGAUACUUAGUGAAUUCGAAGCCAAAGCUGCUGCUCGGAAGAUUUUCCACAACGUGGCGCAGCCGGGAGCCAAGCAUAUCACGUUGAUUGAUCUUAUGCGCUUCAUGACUGACGAAGAGGCCAUCAAAACUCUGAGUCUCUUUGAAGGUACCAAAGACGCAAAUAAAGUUGGCAGAUCUGCUCUCAAAAACUGGGUGGUAAACGCAUUCAGAGAAAGAAGGGCCCUCUCUCUGACACUGAACGAUACCAAAACAGCAGUGAACAAGCUCCAUCAAAUGAUCAACAUAGUGGUCGGCGUCGUCAUAUUGAUAAUAUGGCUUCUUAUUCUGGAAAUUGCCACAACUCACCUUCUUGUCUUGAUCAGUUCUCAGCUUCUGCUUGUGGUUUUUGUCUUCGGAAACACCUGCAAGACGGUGUUCGAGUCCAUUAUUUUCCUGUUCGUUGUGCAUCCCUAUGAUGUUGGCGACCGUUGCGAGAUAGAUGGAGUUCAGAUGAUAGUAGAAGAGAUGAACAUUCUAACUACGGUGUUUUUGAGGCAUGACAACCGGAAGAUCACAUAUCCAAACAGCGUCUUAUCUACUAAGCCCAUCAGCAACUUCUACCGCAGUCCAGACAUGGGUGAUUCAGUCGAGUGGUGCGUCCAUCUUGCAACCCCCGCCGAGAAGAUCGCCAUCAUGAAAGAUCGAAUCAAAUCUUACAUUGAGAAUAGGAAGGAUCACUGGUACCCAAAUCCACUUGUCGUUGUGAAGGAUGUACAAGAUAUGAACAAGUUGCAAAUGGCUGCCUGGGUGAGACACAGAAUGAAUCAUCAGAACAUGGGGGAGAGGUGGCAGAGAAGAGGCCAUUUGGUGGAAGAGAUGGUCAGGAUCUUCAGGGAACUGGACAUUGAGUACCGGAUGUUGCCUGUGGAUGUGAAUCUGAGGAACAUGCCCCCAGUGACGUCUACCAGGCUCCCAUCGACUUGGAUGACUUGAUAAGGGCUUCUUCCUCUCUCUGCUUCGAUACUCAAUCUUCCAAAUGUCAGCUUGUGUAGAGUUUUUGCAACCAAAGCGUGUCCUUGUGAGCAAAGAGGUUCUCGAGUUCCUUCUCAAUCGCGUUCGUUGAUGAAGGCAAAGGCUGCUAACCAUUACUUUCUCGUCCGGCUUGUCGGGCCAUCUUCUUGUACGUAUCCUUGGUGUUAGAUGCCUGGAUUUAUCUCCAUGGAUAUGCUACAGUUUUGUAUGAUGAUGGCAUGUAAAACUGCAGAGGUGUCAUGCAUUAACGCCUUAGAAAACAUGACGAUGGUAUCGUGAAACUUGAAUUGUUUUGAUUCAGUUGAUCAAAAGGAAAUAAUGUUACCCAA